AUGGUGGUGGGAGGCAAAGGCAACAUCCUCACUGUUGAGGACCCUGCUACUCAUAAACGCAGGGAGGUGUUUGAUGCUAUGGGAGGUGCUGCAGUGGCAGCUUUGGGUUUUGGUGAUGAGGAGAUCGAGGAGGAAAUGGCCAAGGCCGCUAAGGAGUGUUCCUACUCUUACUUGGGUUACAUGACCAACUACUGGGCUGAAGAGUUGGCCAAGUUCUACAUCGAUAAGUCACCCAAUGGAGCUUUUGCAGCGGCGCUUUUCACUUGUUCUGGAUCUGAGUCAAACGAAAACGGCAUGAAGACCGUUAGGCAGUACUGGCUUGAGCGUGGUCAGCCACAAAAGACCGUCUUCAUCUCCAGAAAACAGUCCUACCAUGGUUUCACCAUUGGUGCUCUUUCACUCAGUGAGUCAAACAGAAAGGACAGCUUCAGAGCCAUUACCUUGCCUGCCGAGCAAGUGCCCAAGGUCUCGUGUGUGUACCCUUACAGGGAAUUAAAAGAAGGUGAGACUAUGGAGAUGUACUGUGAGCGUCUUUUGAAAGAGCUCGAGGAUAAGAUCUUGGAGGUUGGACCGAAGAAAAUCGGGGCUUUCAUGUGUGAGACGCUUACCGGCUCCACUUACGGAACUUCUCCUUCCAUUCCAGGAUACCUCCAGGGAGUCCGCAAGAUCUGUGACAAGUACGAUAUUCUCUUCUGGCUUGACGAGGUGAUGUGUGGAACAGGUCGUGCUUGUGCUACUGGCGGGCUCAAUUGCUGGGAGUCCUGGCCAGAUUUUGACGGUCCAGAUCUUCAGCUGAUUGGAAAAACCUUGGGAAGUGGAUACGUGAGUGUGGCUGGUCUUUUGGUUUCCCCGAAGGUGAGACAGGCUUUUGUGGAGGGAUCCAACUACAUUCCUGGUGGUCAGACCUAUCACCAGCACGCUUUCAAUUGCCGUGUUGCCUUGGCUGUGCAGAAGAAAAUCGACAGGUUGGGCUUGAGAAAGAAUGUGUUUGAAAACGGCAACAAGAUGGGUGAAAGACUCAAGGAGUUGGCUAAAACUACCGAAAUCGUUGGUGAUGUUCGUGGUCUUGGAGGUUUUUGGUCUCUUGAGCUUGUGAAGAAUAAGAAGACGAAGGAGCCCUUCCCUGCUAAAUUGACUGUGGGCGUUAAGACCACCGCUAAGCUUUUUUCCAAUGGAAUGACCAGUAUGGGACUUGGAGGAACCGCUGGAAACGGUCAAGGUGACCAUAUCACUGUGGCACCUUCUUAUAUCAUCACUGAGAAGGAUGCAAACUACAUUGCUGAGAUGUUAAUUCAGGCUGUGAAGGAGAUUGAGGAUGAUUUGCGUGCAGCAGGAGAGCUUUAA